CUGAAGUUUUCUUACGUGUCAGGGUAGAGAACUCAAGAGACUAGGACAGAAACUCACUAGAGGAAGAAGAAAGAGAGAGAUCAGACCUGGGGAGGGAGGGAGGUUUGUAUGUUUUUCUCUCUGAAGGGUUUCUUCUGUUUUGUAAGGACCCGAGGGGGGGAUUCAUUCCCAUGGACAAAACCAUGGAAUAAUCUAUGUUGUAUCCUGAACACAACUGGACAACUCUAAUGUAUACAAACACAACCCUUCAUGCCAAAACAAACAUCACAAACAAACUCGUCAAAAAUGGCUUCUUUUGUUUCCUUCAACAUUUCCCCAAUGAUACCAGUCCUUGUUGCUUUCUUAGUUGUUUCCUCCUCUCUUGGCCCUGUUCUGUCUCUACCAGCGAUGCCAGAUUCCGGCAACCGGCCAGUGGCCAACCAGACUCUUAGACCCUAUAAGGAGGAUCAGAAGCUUGGGAGAAUCAAUGAUUAUCUCAAGAAGAUCAACAAGCCUGCAGCCAAAACAAUUCAGAGUCCUGAUGGGGAUUUCAUAGACUGUGUUCUGUCUCAUCUUCAACCUGCUUUUGAUCAUCCUGAACUUAAAGGGCAGAAACCAUUGGAUCCACCAGAGAGGCCAAAAGGCCUUUAUUUCACAGAAGCAGCGAGGGAAAGCCUCCAGCUUUGGACAGAUUCAGGUGAGUCAUGCCCUGAAGGAACUGUUCCAAUCAGGAGGACUACAGAGAAAGAUAUUCUGAGAGCAAGUUCUGUUAGAAGAUAUGGAAGAAAAUUAGGAAGAAAUGUAAGGAGAGACUCAACCGGGAAUGGUCAUGAGCAUGCUGUUCUGUUUGUAAAUGGAGAACAAUAUUAUGGAGCAAAGGCAAACCUAAAUGUCUGGGCGCCCCGGGUAACUAAUGAAUAUGAGUUCAGUUUGUCGCAGAUUUGGGUUAUCUCUGGUUCAUUUGGAAAUGAUCUGAACACCAUCGAAGCUGGUUGGCAGGUUAGCCCGGAGUUAUAUGGAGAUAACUAUCCUAGGUUCUUCACAUAUUGGACAACUGAUGCAUACCGAACUACCGGAUGCUACAAUUUACUCUGCUCCGGGUUUGUCCAAACUAACAACAGGAUUGCCAUCGGGGCAGCAAUCUCUCCAAGGUCCUCCUACAAUGGCAGACAAUUUGACAUUGGCUUAAUGGUUUGGAAGGAUCCAAAUCAUGGACAUUGGUGGCUAGAAUUUGGAUCAGGACUAUUGGUGGGAUAUUGGCCUGCAUUUUUGUUUAGUCACUUGAGAAAUCAUGCAAACAUGAUACAAUUUGGAGGGGAAAUUGUGAACACAAGAUCAUCAGGACACCACACAUCCACUCAAAUGGGGAGUGGCCAUUUUGCAGAAGAAGGAUUUGGGAAAGCAGCCUACUUCCGGAACCUCCAAACCGUGGAUUGGGAUAACAACUUGCUUCCCCUAACAAACCUUCGUCUCUUGGCUGAUCAUUCAAACUGUUAUGAUGUAAGACAAGGGAGAAAUCGUGUCUGGGGAACUUACUUUUACUAUGGAGGUCCAGGAAAAAAUGUGAGAUGUCCAUGAAAAAAAACUCAAAACAGCAUAGCAUAGGGUAAAAAGAUAAGAGAGUGAGACAUUAUUUUUCUCUGAUUUUUCUUUCUGGGUAUUUGGUUUUCCUCCUACAUUUAACAUGGUUUGGCCUAUUUUUAGAUUUUUUUCCCUUUUAUUUCAAUGUAUAUUUUCCCUUCUCUUAUAGGUUACUUUUCCCACUUUUCGGAUUCAAUAUAAAAUUUAGGGUAAU